CAGAGCAGGCGGAGACACCAGGGGAGCGAGAGGUAGGCAGGGACGCAGGGAAAGCACCGCAUCUGCUCGCUUUACAUCUCACUCAGGAUUGGACUGUAUUUUUCCAACUCUUCAUCCCGGGCUGAAAUCAAUGAAGGAGAGACGCUGCUGCCAGAAAUUAUCUCUGAAAUCCAGCAUGGAUCCCAGUCAGAGUGUGAAGUGUAAGAUAGUGGUGGUGGGAGACAGCCAGUGUGGGAAGACUGCCCUGCUUCACGUGUUCGCCAAGGACUGUUUCCCUGAGAGCUAUGUCCCCACAGUGUUUGAGAACUACACAGCCAGUUUUGAAAUCGACACACAGAGGAUUGAGCUCAGUUUGUGGGACACCUCAGGCUCUCCAUACUACGACAAUGUGAGGCCUCUAUCCUACCCAGACUCCGACGCCGUCCUCAUCUGUUUCGACAUCAGCCGCCCUGAAACCCUCGACAGCGUCCUAAAAAAGUGGAAAGGUGAGAUCCAAGAGUUCUGUCCCAACACAAAGAUGCUGCUGGUUGGAUGUAAGUCAGACCUGCGCACUGACCUAAGCACACUAGUGGAACUCUCCAACCACAGACAAACCCCAGUGUCCUAUGACCAGGGUUCCAGCAUGGCCAAGCAGAUCUCGGCGCCCUACAUCGAGUGCUCGGCCCAGCAGUCGGAGAACAGCGUCAGAGACAUUUUCCACGUGGCCACGCUGGCCUGCAUUAACAAAAACAACAAAAACGUCAAGCGCGGCAAGACCACCCGCGGCAACAAACGGAUUUCACACAUGCCCGGCAGGCCCGACUUGGCGGCGGUGGCCUCAGACCUCCGGAAGGACAAAGCCAAAAGUUGCUCAGUCAUGUGACUGAUCAGACUGAGGGGGAUUAAACUGAGAAUGAGGGCAGAGCACAGUGCAAGCAGGAAGCUGUUGAGCAAGGCUCUCUCCUGCAUGCUAAAGACCCCUGACAUGCCCAGAGAGGGGGUUUAUAAGCUUCAAUUCAUAAAUGUACAUGUUACUGGAAUACUCCACACCAAUGAAAACUCAAUGCAUCGUAGCGUCCCAAUCCAUGUGGCCCCCCCGCCCUACCAGACAAGGAAGCUAUCUAUCAGCGGGCUACCUGCAAGGAAGAGGAAGUGACCUGCUUCCUUUUGGGAGGACUAAGCGGAUGCACUCGAGGCUUCCCACACUAACGGGAAAUGAGCAAGUGGAGUGAUGUCAUGCGUUGAUGCUCAUUCGUUAAGUAAGGAAGAGCUUUUGAACGGGAGCCAAAGGUGGUGCUGGGGCCUGGAGUCAAAAGAAGGAGGUUCUUUUGUGUGUGCUGGAUCAAAGACUUUUCGCUCAGAGGGCUUCGUCACUGUAGUUUUGAAGUGAUUCACUCGCGCCUCUGCUCCUGUAACUGUUAGUCCGUUUGCAGAGAUUAGAAAGGAUUUUUUUUAAGUCCUGCACAAAAAAAACCCUGAUGCUUUGUCCCCUGUCUCUGAUAUGUUGUCGGUAUAAUGUGAAGUCACUGGUGUGUAACUGCAUCGUUGUUUUAUUUCAGCCUCAUCCUGUUCUCGCUCAGCCACGAACGCGGCUUCUAACUGCAUGUUCGUACCAGCCAGACAGCCCUUUAUAUAUCAUCUCAACACUUAUGGAAACAUAAUGACUCUCGAAAGGCAGAUUAUCCUAACAGCUUUCCACAUUGACAGGUUUAUGGGCGCCGCUACAUUAUGCUGGAGAGUCAAAAGCAAACUGGCUCAAAGCUGAAUUCAGCCUCGGGGCUUCCUUCAACGACCCCUUGCAAUAAACAAAUGCAAUUAAGUUUCCAUUAUUGCCAAUUUGUGACACUAUUUUGAAAAGAGAAAUGGAAAUGGCUUGUUUUUAAAGCCUUAAUGGACAAAAACAAGCUGUGAUUGACUAUCUUUCAAAAAGCAUAAAAUUCAGUAAUCGUGUAAAAUGAGAAUCUUAACAGGCUGAGACAGUUUGAACCAUGACUCAUCUUUUCACUGCACUUUAGGGAGAGAGUGGAAGGGAAAACAAAAUGUUAAAUUUGUUCAUGUGUUGAAAUCUGCCUAUUCGGGAGCUUAUACAGGAGGCCUGGUCACACCAGCAAUUCACAAGCAGAGAAAUCUGCUAUUUUUGUGUGGAUUUGCUGGAAUUCCUUGAUCUAAGAUUUCCUAGUUAGUGCAAAAUGAAGUAUCCAUUGAUUAUCAUUAUUUGUUUAAUUUUCAAGCCUAUGAUGAACAAGAAAAUAAGUUGCCACUUUCUUGUGUGACCAGGCCUUUAUCUGACUGAUUAAUUACAUUUUCUCACAUGGUUUAAAUUUCAGUGUUAGCUAUUUCACAGUUAUGUUGUCAUGAUGUUAAAAACAAAACAGUGGUUCCCCCUUUUAGAAACAGUGCAAUGAAAACAGCUGUUUGCAUAUCGAAGGUAUUGAUGCACUUUUAAUGUUACUUUCAAAUUUCCCAAUUAGCUUCUUCAAAUGUCAGCGCUGUCACAUCUGGCAGCUCUCUGCGUCCCAACUCUUAUCUUCAUUUUGUCAUCUGUUGUCUCCCCGCUGUGUACAUUAUCAUGUUUUUCUUGAAUGUUGAUGUCACCUUCAAAUGUCUUUUGCCAAUGUUGUUGCCGCAAUAUUUAUUGAAUUAUAUAUUUUCCCUUUAGAAUAAAUGCAAAUGGAACUGAAGGUGUGUU